AAUAUCUAUGGUAUCGAACAAACAUCGAUUUUUGUUCCAGCUCUAGCGUUUUGCUUUGGUUGAAAAUACAAUUAAAAAUUGAUUCCGAAGUAUUUAAAUAUUCUGCAUCGCCAGCCAUAAAAAUCUGCGAAAAGCGAGCGGUGGCGGCAUCGAAAAUACCGAAAGAAGCACAAAAAGAAGAAAAAUUUGCAAAGCUGCGUCUGUGUAAGUGAGCGUGUGCGAGCGCGCGAGUGUGUGAGUGCGAGUCUUUUUUGCCUUUGGUGCGUGCGCUGUUUUUCGUAGGGAGCCCACCAACAAAAAAGGAAAAGAAAACACACAAAAACACAAGAAAUCGGCAAAGGAAAAAGGAAUCCAAAGCGACCAUCCAAAAAACACAAAACAAACAAGUGCCGCUGCAAUGGAGAAAAGAAUAGAACUGGAGCGACGCGCACGCAAAGUAAAUCAGAUCACAGAACUUAAUCUGGACAAUUGUCGGAGUACAAGCAUCGUUGGCCUUACAGACGAAUACACCGCCUUGGAAUCGCUAAGCUUGAUCAAUGUGGGCCUCACCACACUUAAAGGUUUCCCCAAACUGCCCAACUUGAAGAAGCUGGAACUUUCCGAUAAUCGGAUUUCGAGCGGCCUCAACUAUCUGACCACCAGCCCCAAACUGCAAUAUCUGAACUUGUCCGGUAACAAGAUAAAGGAUCUGGAAACCCUAAAGCCCCUGGAGGAAUUUAAAAACCUGGCUGUGCUGGAUCUGUUUAAUAACGAUGCCACUCAGGUGGACAAUUAUCGCGAGAAGAUCUUUAAAAUGCUACCAUCGUUAAGCUACCUGGAUGGUUUUGAUUUAAACGAUGAGGAGGCGCAAUCUGACGACGAUGAUGAUGACGAGGUCAACGGCAACGAUUCCGACGAAGAAGGAGAUAAGCGAAAUGCAUUCUGUUUGAAUGGUUUAGAAAUUGAUUUAGACGAACUCGAAGAGUUGGAACAGCGAGUCAAGGCGAAAAAGAGUUUGCAGGACAAACCGCCUCCAAAAUCGGAGGAUCCAGAAGUAGACGAGUUAGAUGAGUACCUGAAAGAGUUGCAGCUUAGAGAAUCCACAGUUGCUGCAACCAAUGAACAAUCUGUAAUAAAGGCGAGCCAACAGCCCCCUAGCAGCAACCUCAACUUAAAUUUCGCUAUCCUGCUGUAUUGGGUUUUAGCCAUUUUAAACCUGGCCAAUGCCACAUAUUUUUCCGGGGACGACGAUGACGAGGAGGGCGACAGCGAUGAUAGCGACGAGGAGGACAAUGGCGAAGUGUCUUUGUCACAGGUGUACAAUGACGAUUUGGAAGAGGAUAACUCUGACUGGGAAGGCGAUGGCGACGGUGGCGAAGACGACGAGGAUGAGGAUUCCGAUAUUGAUGAUGCCGAUGGUGAUGCUAAUGAAUCAGCUGCAUCAGUAAAUGCCAAGGAAGACAAGGAUGGCGAAAAGGCAGAAGACGAAUCGCAAGUCCGGGGCAAGAAAAGAAAGCAUGAUGGUUAAAUCCUCGAUCUUUCGCUGUAUCGUCUUAGUACGUUAUAAAUUAAAAUACACACCCACACAUACACACAAAACAAAUACACAGCCACACACAUCAUAUUUUGAUAGAAAAAGAUGAUUAACUUUUUAGGAAGCCCACAAUUUGUUUCUCUAAAAUGUAAGCUAAAGAAAAUGAAAAAUGACAAAAAAAAAAAAAAAAAAAAAACACAAACGGCCCAAAACAAGAAACACAGAACACAUAAGGAGGAGCAAAAUGAACGUAAUAAUCAAACAAAGCAAAAUAAAAGAAAAUAUAAUUUUAAGCGAGAAAAACCAAGGGGAAUACAAGAGAAACCAAGCAAAAAACCAAUAAAACGCAUGACUAUAGCCUCAUCCGAACCCAAGUUCAAGUUCCAAUUUUAACACCUUCGUCAGUUGGAUUUUUAAUAUGAAAUCCGCUUCACAUUGUAAAAUUUCUUAGCCCUAAAUAUAAAAACAACCUGUACAAUUUUUAACCUCCUAACGUCUUGCUCUUAAAUUUCAACCACUAAUUGGAUAGCAAAAAAACAAAUCACAGCUUUCCGACAGAGUUAAAUAUUUUAUUUGUACAACUGCGGCUUUGUCAACGUUUCGCGUGAAAACGAUCACACAAUUACUGCUAAGAACUUUUAACUAACUUAAGUCAUUCCUUCUUUGAAUACGCAUAAGUUAAGCAAAAUCCAAUUUCACGAUCACUUUCUACGCAAGGUGAUUUACCCACAUUUUCAUUGUUACCCACCUCCCCCCGACAUAUAUACACUUUAUCCACGUCUCCCUAGGCGUAAAGCACUCGACAUUGAGCAUCCCAAAUUGUUUUCCUUUAUGUACUUUUAAGUAAACUUCUUACCAUAUACCGAAAUGUUUCCACUUAUUCAACGGCAGUAGAAUGUUUUCAUUGAAUGUGGCGAGUACAUCGAGCACACAAACAAUUUUAGAAAAGAUUUUUCUUUAAAUAAACAAUUAUAAAACCAAUUAUUAUUAAAACAGGAACCCGAAUAUUUAAUGAGAUGAGAAGUGUCUGUACCAGCCCAUUGAAACUGAAAUACAUAAAACUAAAUCAUUUUAAAA